GACGUAGAGAUAGGCAUGCCUCACACUGUUGGAUACGUCGAUCCUGAAUUGCGUAUCGAGCUAGGUGCCGAAGAUGUGUUCAGGUUUACGGGGAAUGAAACGCACACAGAUUACUUUCGACUGGUGCUCAGGGAUGCCAACUAUCUUCUGGUUGGUGGAAGAAAUUUAGUGCACAACCUGAGCUUGACCGAUUUGACGGAGCAACAAAGGCUCACGUGGUACUCGACGGAAAAGGACGUAAAGAUGUGCGUCGUCAAAGGGACGCCGGAAGAAAAUUGCCAGAAUUAUAUACGUAUACUCGUGAAGACGAGCUCGAACACCCUUUUGGUGUGCGCAACGAACGCCUUCAAACCGAUGUGCCGCGAUUACCUCGUACACGCAGGUAAUUACACGAUGAUAAAGGAAAAGGGAGGACAAGCUAGGUGUCCCUAUGAUCCUCAACACAACAGUACCUUCGUUUAUGUCGAGGGUGAACUUUACACCGGAACUGUCGCCGAUUUUGCUGGAAUGGAUCCCAUUAUCUAUAGGGAACCAUUGCAAACCGAACAAUACGACUCGAUGAGUCUUAAUGCUCCAAAUUUUGUGAGUUCCAUGUCCCAAGGUGACUUUGUCUACUUCUUCUUCAGGGAGACUGCCGUUGAAUAUAUAAACUGCGGCAAGGCCGUCUAUUCUCGCGUAGCGAGAGUCUGCAAAUACGAUCGGGGCGGACCCCAUCGUUUUCGUAACAGAUGGACGUCUUUCCUGAAGUCUCGUCUUAAUUGCUCCGUCACCGGAGACUUCCCUUUUUACUUCAAUGAAAUACAGUCAACGACCGAAUUGAUAUCCGGACAAUAUGGAAGUUUAUCAGCCCAGCUGAUAUACGGCACGUUCACGACCCCGGUAAAUAGCAUAAGCGGCUCAGCUGUGUGCGCCUUUUCCCUCCAGGAUAUCACCGAUACCUUCGAGGGUAAUUUCAAGGAGCAAAGCGCGCUCAACUCAAACUGGCUGCCUGUACAAAGUGCCAAAGUACCCGAUCCUAGGCCGGGACAGUGUGUCAAUGAUUCCCGCACUUUACCGGACUUAACUUUAAACUUUAUCAACACCCAUUCCCUGAUGGACGAAUCAGUGCCGAGCUUUUUUGGACAACCGAUCGUUAUACGCACCAGUUUUCAUUACAGGUUUACACAAAUCGCAGUGGAUCCUCAAGUGAAGACACCAGGUGGUAAGACUUACGACGUCCUCUUCAUCGGCACAGACAAUGGAAAGGUUAUCAAAGCUGUGAACGCUGAGUCAGCGGAUUCUCACGAAAAAGUUAGUCCAGUUGUGAUCGAAGAGAUUCAAGCGUUUCCAUCAACGGUACCUGUUCGUGGAAUAAAAGUCGUCCGUGCUUCGCAAGCCGGUGAUGGUUUGGAAGAUGGCCGACUGGUUGUGAUAGCAGAUAGCCAAGUCCAAGCACUGAGGUUGCAUCGUUGUUACGGUGACAGGAUAUUGUCCUGCGGCGAAUGUGUAGCUCUCCAGGAUCCAUAUUGUGCUUGGGACAAGAUUGAGGGCAAGUGUCGUGCAUUGGUUGGUCCAGCUGUUACGGAUGCCAGCAGAUUUUUGCAAAGCGUAGCAACUGGUAUCCAUGCGUCCUGCCCGCCAAGUAAAGGAUUAAAUAAGGACGCUAGUAGUGUCGGUGCCAUUUCUGCUAAUCAAAAUAAAUUCCCUCAGGAUUCGAUGAUACCCAAUAAAGAGAGUCAAGGCGGAGAAAUAAUAAAUAUCAUGCAAGACGAAGAACAAGACAGUUCAGGUCCAGAAGUAUCAGCCGCUGAUUCACCACCGCCGCAGUACAGCGUUGAGACUUUAGUGAUGGCUGUAGUGGCCGGUGCAUUGGCAGCAUUGCUCGUUGGUUUUGUUGCGGGUUAUCUAUGCGGUCGAAAGUGUAGAAAAGAUGAGGAUGAUAACUUGCCAUAUCCGGAUACGGAGUAUGAAUACUUCGAACAACGUCAAAACGUCAACAGGUUAGCGCCUGAACCAAAGUUACUGCCGCAAGAAGAGGUUACUUACGCAGAACCAGUUUUAGUUCCACAACCAUCUAAGAUGCAUUCACCAAAGGGUACCAUGAGAAAACCACCGCCAACCCCAACGGAAACUUUAUUCCAGUUUCCAGAUGGUUAUGGUUUCCGUGGUCCAAGAGAUAAUUUUGGUACUCUCCGUUCCCAUCAAGGGGAUGCGUAUCGUCGGAACGACGGAUUCGCGACGACACGCAGCGUUAAAAAGGUUUAUCUCCUCGUCGCCAUCGCCGACCCUCGUACCGAUCGCGAUGAGUGGCUCGCCACCACCGCCAACCCUAACGCCACCCUGCAGUUUCAUAUAUCGAUCAUAGUCCUCGAUUAUUCCCACGGCUAUCACGUACUCUUCGACACCCUGCUUUUACCAUCCCCAUUAAAAUGGGGGAAGGACAUUAGAUACCUUCUUAAAAUCGGGGGUCCUAUAUUAAACGUUCCCAAAAAUGUAUAGAGAGAAGACUCAUACGGAAAAGUCUGAUGCCGCCAGUGUAAGUGUAAGUGCAAGUGUGUGUGUGUGUGCGUGUGCGUGUGCGUGUGUGUGUGUAUGUAUGUUUGUGUAUUUGCGUAUGUGUAUGUGUGCAUGUAUAUGUGUGUGUGUAUGAAAAAGAGUAAGAAUGAGAAAGCGAGAG